AUGCGGGCUCUCCAAACAAGGCAGCUCCCUGCGCGGGCAGCUGUGCUGCUACGCUCCCGCUUUGCCUGCGCUGUCGCCGCUCACCAGUCAAAACAGCUCAACCAAUCGACCAGCGCCAGGAUCCUCGAAAAAAGCGCACUCCCACAUCUGCGCCGAUGGUACAGCCUCAAUCUCAAGUCAAUCGAUUCGAAAUGGCGCAAGAAUUGGCAGGAGAUCGCCGCCAACGAGCCGACCCAAAAAGAGCGUGUACAGAGCUCGACAAACACCAAAUAUGUCCUUCCCAUGUUUCCCUAUCCUUCGGGGACUCUGCAUCUCGGCCACUUGCGCGUAUACGCAAUUGCAGAUGUCAUUACAAGAUAUAAUGAGCUAAAGGGCCACGAUGUGCUACUCCCUAUGGGCUGGGACGCUUUUGGACUCCCAGCCGAAAACGCUGCUCUGGAGCGCGGCGUCCCUCCAGCUGGCUGGACACAAAGCAACAUUGCCAAAAUGAAGGAACAGCUCGGGCUUAUGAAUGGAAGCUGGGACUGGAGCAACGAGCUUGCGUCAUGCGAUCCCGACUUUUACAAGCAUACCCAGAAGCUCUUCCUUAUGCUCUACGAAAAGGGCCUCGCCUACCAAGCUGAAGCCGAGGUUAACUACGAUCCCGUCGAUAAGACAGUCUUGGCCAAUGAGCAGGUUGAUUCCAACGGCUGCUCCUGGCGCUCAGGCGCCAAGGUGGAAAAGAAGCUUCUCAAGCAGUGGUUUCUUCGCAUCUCAGACUAUCGCGAGGAUCUGCUGCGCGAACUUGAUACGCUUUCCAAAGACAAUGCAUGGCCAGAACAUGUCCUCACCCAGCAGCGGAACUGGCUUGGCAAGUCUACUGGAGCUCUCAUCAAGUUCCCAAUAAUGGCUCUGGGUCAAGAUCUCGGCGCCGCUAUCGAGGUCUUCACCACACGCCCUGAUACCCUAUUUGGUGUACAAUACAUUGCGCUUGCGGCGUCUCAUCCGGUAGUCAAGCAACUUUCCGAGGCAGACCCCGAACUCUGCGCAUUCCUAGAUACCCUUCCCGCCCUACCGCCCGACUCCAAAGUAGGCUACGUCCUUCCCCAGCUUCGAGCGAUCAACCCUCUUGCAUACAACGACGAUACCCCGGAUGCCACUAAGGCGUCUCUGCCUGUUUUUGUCGCACCAUAUGUGCUAGGCGAUUACGGCGAAGGCGCAGUCAUGGGUGUUCCCGGCCACGAUGUCCGAGAUCACGCCUUCUGGAAGACGCACAACAGCGAGCAGCCUGUCCGAUACGUCAUCGCGGAGUCGCCCGAUGAGUCCACUGCCGUCAUCUCGACCGAGCCGUUUGUGGAGCACGGCUUCAUGACAGAGCAUAGUGGACCUUUCAAGGGCAAGUCCUCCAAAGACGCUGUUGAGAUCUUGGUCAACAUGCUUAAAGCGGCCGACCUGGCCACCCCCGUGGAGAAAUGGCGCCUUCGCGACUGGCUCAUCAGUCGUCAGCGGUAUUGGGGAGCGCCUAUUCCCAUUAUUCACUGCGACAGCUGUGGAAGCGUGCCUGUACCGGAGACGGACCUCCCUGUGAAGCUUCCUAAUGUCGAGAAGCACUGGCAGGCUGGCAAAGCUGGCAACGCGCUGGAAUCAUCUCCUGAAUUUUUCAACACCGAGUGCCCAAAGUGCAAGGGACCUGCACGCCGCGAUACUGACACCAUGGAUACCUUUGUGGACUCGAGUUGGUACUUUGCUCGUUUUGCCGAUCCUCACAACAGCAAAGAGUUGUUCUCCCCCGAAUCAGCCAAGACCUUGCCUGUCGAUAUUUAUAUCGGAGGUGUUGAACACGCAAUUCUGCACCUCUUGUACUCGCGCUUUAUCUUCAAGUUCUUGGCGGGCACAUCGUUGAUGCCGGAAUACACUGAGGAAACUGCCGGCAGGGCAGAACCGUUCAAGCGCCUAAUUACGCAAGGCAUGGUCCAUGGCAAGACGUUUAUUGACCCAACCAACGGAAGAUUUCUCAAGCCAAACGAGAUUGAUCUAAGUGAUGUGACCCAGCCCAAAGUGGUAGCCACUGGCAGCCCCGCAGAGGUGCGCUACGAGAAGAUGUCCAAAUCCAAGCACAACGGCGUCGACCCAACCGAGUUCAUAGCCAAGUACGGCGCCGACGCCACGCGUGCGCACAUGCUGUUCCAGGCCCCCGUCGCCGAUGAGCUGAAGUGGGAUGAGUCUAAAAUUUCGGGCGUCACGCGCUGGCUGCAGCGUCUGCAUGACACUGCUGUCAAGGUUGGAUCUGCUUCUGCUACGCCGACCGAGGCUGCCCUGGAUUAUCUGCAAUCUAAGCAGGGCAGCACGAGCAAGCUGAGUAAAGGAGAGACUAAACAGCUGAACGCGGACAUUCUACUCUGGCGUGAGACGCAGCGCAUCAUCGGUAACAUUACGCGCGCAUACGAGCAGGUGUAUGCGCUGAAUAUCAUCGUUUCUGACCUGAUGACGCUUACAAACGCCCUCGCGGGAGCCAAGAAUGCCAGCGCCAUCAUCCAGUGGCAUGUAGCCGAUACCAUAACAAGGCUUAUGGCACCCGUCGUUCCGGCUGUCGCGGAAGAAUGCUGGAGCGUUCUUCGCCCGUUCGCGGGGUCACUGUUCAAGUCGGCGAGCUUUCCCGAGGCAGACGGGUCACUGGAGGUUCUGAAGCCACAGUCGCAGACGAGCGUGAUUCAGAUCAACGGCAAGGUGCGCGGCAACUUGGAGCUGCCAGCGCCUGAAGGCGCUCUUGCUGGCGAUGCGCUCAAGGACUGGAUGGUGGAGCAGAUCUUGGCUACGGAAGAAGGAAGGGCGAAGUUUGGCCAGGGUCAAUACGAUAUUAGACGGGCAAAGCGAGCGAUUGCUGUGUCAAAUGGAGGGCUGAUCAACUUUGUCAUGUAA